UCAAGUGCUGUCAAACAAAUAAGGUUAUGUCAUGUGUACUGUCAUGUGGAAGUGGGAUAAACAGUUAAAUGACUUCGGUUAUCGGAAUUGCAUUCCAUUAAUGCACACAAAAGCUGUUAUCGGAAGCAUGAGUAAUGUCAGCGCUUUUGUCUCGUACUCAACACCGACUAGAAGACAAUGAGCAACGAGUCUGAGUCUUCCAUCAACAACGUUCUAAGUUGGACAACUGAAGACGUUAGAGCUCAUCUGGAGAAAGAGUGUUUCGAAUGGAGCACAGUGAAAGUUUUGUGCGACGAAAACAGACUAGACGGAAAAUGCCUGCUAGUGUUGAACGAACUAGACUUCACCACAGACCCCCUCAGCAGUUUGAACCUAAGAGACAGAAAGUCUUUGUAUGUGCUGUGCAAGUUACUACAAAGAGAAAAUCAGAGCGUGUUAGUUGAACUUGGUAUUGUUGAUAAUCAUGCGAACAGUAUAUUUACGCAUGGCCACUACAGUAAACUAGACAGUGAAUAUUGUGAAUCUGAAAGAAUAUCACCACCAGUGUCUGAUGAUGGAAGACCCAAAUACCCACCAGAGAAGACGAAAGCGCUUAUUAGUUUUAUGUAUGUGGUAAUAGUAACAUGGAUAACAGCUUUUGUAAUGGUGAUAGUCCAUGAUAGAGUACCAGACAUGAAAAAGUACCCUCCUCUUCCUGAUAUCUUCCUUGACAAUGUACCGCACAUCCCAUGGGCUUUCGAUAUGUGUGAAGUCACUGGGACUAUCAUGUUUACAAUUUGGCUAGUUGUAUUAGUUUUUCAUAAGCACAGAUUCAUCCUGAUGCGCCGUUUCUUCGCCAUGUCCGGCACCGUAUUCCUCCUACGCUGCGUGACCAUGUUGAUCACGUCGCUGAGCGUGCCAGGCAGCCAUUUGCAAUGCCAACCGCGCAAUCGCCCUGGCGUAUCUGGAGGCGUGUUUGCGGAUUUGGCGCAGAAGCUGUCGCAGGCGUACGUCAUCUGGCGCGGCGCCGGCAUGAGCAUACAGGGCGUGCGCACAUGCGGGGACUACAUGUUCAGCGGGCAUACUGUGGCAUUGACUAUGCUCAAUUUCUUCAUUACAGAAUAUACACCUCGCCCCAUCUACUACCUGCACACCCUCUCCUGGAUGAUGAACAUGUUUGGCAUCUUUUUCAUUUUGGCUGCUCACGAACAUUAUUCCAUCGACGUGUUCGUAGCGUUUUACAUCACCUCCAGGCUCUUCCUGUACUAUCAUACGUUGGCCAACAACCAGACGCUGAUGCAACGGGACUCGACUAGGACAAAGGUGUGGUUUCCGCUAUUCUCGUACUUUGAGUCUAGCAUAGAAGGGAUCGUACCCAAUGAGUACGAGUCGCCUGGGGAGAUUGCUAACAAUAUUUGCAGAUUCUUCCAUGGACUGUAUGGUGAUAUUAGGCUCCACCUAUCGGCAGCUGCGAAAAACAGUACCCAAACGGUGAGGUCGAUCAGCAGGACUGUCAUUGAAAACAACAAAGAUAAAUGACAAGCUUUAGGUUUAUCAAAAUUGUCUUUGUAUCCCGCACACUGUAUCGUUUAUAUAAGCUCUUCAGUACUAAUUAGAAGUCAUACAGAUUGAAAUGCUUCCAGAUCAGAGAAACUACCGUAAUAAAAUAUUUGCACAAAAUUCUUGUAAAUACUUCCUUAUGAUGUGAAAGACUGAAAUGGUAUAAGGAUACAGAGACAGUUCACUACAUUGAACUCAAAUGUUAUCAAAAUGCAAGUUGUUCUGGAUUUAGUUAGAUAAAACUAAAAAUUGAAGAAAUUGAACAGGAUUCACUGAGACAGUACAUAAAGCAGUCAUUUACGGUCAUUGUACUCUGCUUAUUGAAACUUGUAUCCAAUUUUAGUAAUUCCUUCAUAUCUCACAUGUGUAUGUGUGAACAACUAGUUGACAGCAGCUUGUAUUUUUUCUUGUGAGAUGUUACAUAUGUAUUAUAAAUAGAGAAAUUUAUUUUCGUGUUACCUAUAUUGUAUCGAAUAUCUUCCAAUAACUUUUUCAUAAAAAAAUACUGUCUUGAAACUUGCUCAUCGUAUGGUCAUUCCGGAUCACCUGAGUUCUGUCGAAGGCUGAAAAUUUCAAGUGCUAAAAACCAGCACAAUCAUGUCAUAUACGCAAAGCUUCCUUCCCCCUUUAAUUUAUAUUUUCUAUGAAAUAUAUUUGCUAUAACAUGGGACCAUAUACUAUUUUGACUCUUGUUUUUGAUGCCAGAUCUCAUGCUAUCUUUUUUAAUCUUAUGAAAUUUUGCAUUUCUGAACUGUGCCAGAAAUACAUAACAUCUUUGGAAUGAAAAGGUGAAGAUAUACCAAAUAAAUUAUUUUUAUUAAGAAAUAAUGAUUUAUUUCAAUAGCUUAUACGUACUGAAUAUGUCAUAGUUGAAUGUUGAGAUUUAUUUAUUCUUAUGUAAAUGUUUAAUAAAAGCCGUUUUUGUAGGCAGUGUUUUAAUUACUACUUGAAA